CCAGGUUUCUUCAACAUCCGAAUUGAAAAAUGUCGACACCGCAAAAGUCUCUCGGCCACGUUGUGGUCACCGGCGGCUGCGGUUUCCUGGGUCACCACAUCGUCAACCUGAUCGUCGAACGAUUCCCGGAAUCGCGCAUCUCAGUGCUCGACCUCCGCACGACGAAGAACCGCAACGCCUCGCCCAACGUCUCGUACCAUGACGGCGACAUCACGAACGAGGAGUCCAUGCUCAAGCUCUUUGGCGAGCUCAAGGCCGACGUCGUCAUCCACACGGCCAGCCCCGUCGCGGUCGGCAUCAGCAAUGACCUGAUGUUCAAAGUCAACGUUGAGGGCACGCGCAUACUGCUUAAGGCGGCAAGGGAGAGCGGUGUCAAGGCAUUCGUGUACACGAGCAGUGCCAGCGUCAUCUUCGACAAUAUAAAUGAGCUGGUGAACGCGGAUGAAACGUACCCCAUUAUAGCAGGCAAGGAGCAGCCGAGCUACUACACCUCAACAAAGGCAUGGGGUGAAACCGCCGUCCUCGAUGCCAACCGCACGCCAUUGAACCCUCAAUUCCUGACCUGCUCGAUCCGACCGGCGGGUAUCUUCGGCGAAGGCGACGUGCAGCUGAUGCCGCCCAUGUUGGGCGCCUACUUCCGCGGGCAACACCGCUUCCAGCUGGGCGACAAUACAAAUCUGUUCGACUUCACGUACGUGGGCAACGUGGCACACGCGCAUCUGCUGGCAGCCGCGGCGCUGCUGCAUACCGCGCGCAUGUACCCCACCGUUCCGCUCGACACGGAGCGCGUCGAUGGCGAGGCCUUCUUCGUCACGAACGACCAGCCCGUGCAUUUCUGGGACUUUGCCCGUGCCCUCUGGCGCGAGGCCGGCGAUACCAUGCCCGUUGAGAACGUCUGGGUCCUGCCCCGCGAUGUCAUGAUGCCCGUUGGUGCCAUACUUGAGUGGGCGUGUUGGCUCAUUGGCCGCAAGCCCAACAUCACGAGAGACCAGGUCAGGUACAGCUGCGUCAGAAGGUACUACAACAUUGACAAAGCGAAGAGGAGGCUCGGUUACCGCCCUAUUGUUAGCCUGGAGGAGGGCAUUAAGAGAGGUGCGCAGGAGGUACUGAGCAGAGAAGGUCCGGAGUGGGCGUGGGUCAAGGGCGGCACUGCACCGCCCGCGAAGGCGUAAUGGAGGUUUUUUUUGCGAAGCCUUGGAUGGUGGAAAUUGGAAAGCAUGAGCACACGACGUUGGCCAACAUGUAAUGGCGCCAUAAAUAUCCCUAAUAGUAGAUGAGUGCAAAGUGCAAGCACUUUUC